UCUCACUCAGUGUCAAUGAAUCAGUGAGUACGGUUGUAUUUCGACUUUGGCUGACACUGGUGAGGAUAUUUUCUGUCACGCAGGCGGUUUUCAAUAUUGUCAGACGGCAGUAUUGACUUUACUGAAUCAAUUCUAAGGGAGCGUGAUCGUUGGCGUGCGGGAGCGGCGGCCGUCCCUCACACAACUCGACACCAUGGCUGAAGUUGAAGAACGAAUUGUGAUGACACCGAAGGGGAAAACGGCGACAUCAACAACAAUUAUGGUGGAGCGGCGGAAAAUUGUGUCACAGGAGGGUAACGUCCAUGUUGGUGGUGGUCAGCACUCGGGCAUAGUUAUCAAUAAAGACACCCGCACUGAAGACCUGGAAGACACACAAGCCCACCUGCAGUUAGAGUUUAAAGUGUUCUUGGUAAAUGCUCAAACACAGAAGCACACACAAGAGAGCCGACAACUUAGGUUUUGGUUCCAAAGUUGUGUACCAGAAAAAGAGAGAAUAAGGGGUGCUCAGGAGUUCUUCAAGGAGUUGGUAGCACCUCUAGAAUUCCCCAGAGAUUAUGUUGGUUUCAUCAAGAAGAUAAUGAAGAUGAUGCAACACAAGUAUAAAAUGCUCAGCAAGACAGAGGUGGAACUGAGACAGCUUGAUGAAUCUGAAAAACCCCCAACCAGACCUAUGGAGGAUCAAAAGGCUGAGCUAAGUGAAGAAAAAGUCUUGGAAAUGAUUGAGUCUUCAUACCCAAACCCUAUUACUGUCCACGAUAUGGCCAAGCGAGCUUCAGCAUCAUUGGAAGAUGUAGAGCUGUUCAUUGCAGCACUGACACAGAAGGGUCUGAUCAAACCUAUGGCUCCAGGCUGCUUCACACGUGUUGUACAAAAUGAAACGGAUGUUAAGGUUGUGAGACAGAUGCCAACAAUAACAACAAACAAGCAACCCACAAUUGCUAUCAUCACUGCGCAUUACUCGGAGAAGUUAGCUGUCGACACCAUGAUUGAAAACCAAGAGACGUUUGUCAGAUACACCACUGUUGGUGGUACUUACGGUGAAAGCAACAUUUACACAUUGGGAAACAUUGGUGCACAUCGUGUUGUAUGUACAAAACUUCCAACUGUUGGUCAUGACCGCUCAGCCUCCAUUGCUGCAGGGAACACAACAACUAGACUGCUUGGAACUUUCCAGAAAGUUGACCAUGUAUUCCUAAUAGGAACAGCAGGAGGAGUUCCUCAAUAUACAGAUUACAAUAAACAUGUUCGUCUUGGAGAUGUUGUGGUUUCUGCACCCCCUAGUGGACAAAAGUUCAUCUACAUGUAUUGUGACAGUGCCAAAACAUUAGAGAGUGGAUCAUAUGAGUUUGAAACUAAGUCAUGGGGCCCUCCAGAUUUGAGUCUACAGAAUAUUGCCUACCAGUUAAAACAGCAGGGAGAAGAAAAAGGUGGCCUUACUCCUUGGAUUCACUACAUGACUGAGGGUAAUAACAAAUUGUCAGCUCAGGAAAUGGACUUUUCUCGACCGAAUGAAGAUACGGACAAAUUAUAUAUGAGUAUUGGUGGGUCUGAUGUGAUUGAAGUUUCUCAUCCUCUCCCCCCUGAUGGUUCAGAGAAUAUAAGAGACCCCACAAAGCCCCGUAUCCACUUGGGUGUCAUAGCUGCUGGCCGAUGUGUAGUUGGGAAUGAUCAAAUGAGACAAGAUUUUGCUUCUCAACUCUCCGUGGUUGCAUAUGACCAGGAAUUUGAUGCAGUCAUAGAAUCUGUAUAUGGUAAUCGUAAGGACCAAUAUGUUCUCAUCAGAGGCAUUUGUGAUUACCAGGAUGGUACAAGGAACAAGGAUUGGCAGCCAUAUGCAGCUUUGGCAGCAGCAGCAUUUAUGAAGGCAAUCAUUUGUGGAAUGGAACCUCCUUUGGAUGAUUAGCUGUGAUGAAUGCAGAAUUGUACAGAAAUUGGAUUAAGAAAUUUAUGGUUGUUGCUACAUAGUAAUGAUGUAAGGACAGUAAAUAACAUUUUCUAGGUCAUUUAAGUAGUUCAGUCAUUGGAGGACAAUUUACUUUCUUAAAAGUUUCGUCACUUAUGACUUCACUUUUUUUCCAAAAAAUCCCAGUGUGUGUUGUGAAUGAAUGAAAUUUUUAAGUUUAUAUUAUAUGUUGUUUUAGAUAACAAAUAAUUUCUUUUCAAUAACCAGUGUAAAUUUCAUGAAACUAUAUUACGGUGUUUAUUAUGUAGAUUGAAGACUCGGUUUUGAAACUUUUUUCACUCCAUUUGAUAAUUUGGUUAUUUUACUCCAUCUUUGUAUUUUUUCAUUUGUCUGAAGUGAAAUAUAUAAACCCAAACUGAUGACUAUAUACAUUAUUUUAUAUAAAAGAUGACAUAGGUGUUAUGCUACAUUAACUUAUUUAUAUUAUACAAACUCAUUUCACUGUUGUUAUGAUUUAAAAAUAAGAGUUUAACUUUUUUUAAUGAAUUUGCUCAUAUGGUAUAGGAUAUAUGAUUAAUAUAUUAGUUCUUAAUAUAUUAGUUCUGUUGGUUAAUUUCACAACUGACAAUAUUUUCAUAUAAUAUAUUUUAAAAUUGUAUGAUUUCCAUGAAGAAAGCCAUUUCUAUACAGUACAGUACUUACAUGGUCAAUCAGAAAAAUCAUUAGGACCAUCCAUGAUUGUACCAUGCUGAAAUAUGAAGUUACAAGAGUGACAGCAGGUAUUAUUAUUAUUAUUAUAAAAGUGCUGUAAUAUGUAAAAAAAAUCUCCUUCAAAGGUGAGCUAUAUCAUACACAGUCAUACAGAAAACUACUGCAUAGCUUAAAGAAGUUGUAUGUGGUUGUAUUUCUUUUGUCAACUUCUUACACAGUAUAUGAUCUGAUAUUAAUUAUACUGUACAGUACAGCAAUCUAAAAAAAAAUAAUAAGUUGUAGACCAAUGUCAAAGUGAUUCAGUGUUCAUGAUAAUACUACUGUACAGUACAUUAUUUAAAAUGCUGCUCUAUACCAGUUGAAUCUAUGUAUUUUUGUAAUGUACGACAGAUGGUGCUUUAAUAUUAAUUUACAGGAAACACUAUACAGUACUACAGUGCAGUACAGUAUUUUUUCUGCACUCCAUAUAAAUUUCUUCUCAAAGGAUAUUCAUUGCAUUGCUACUGGCUAAGCAGAUUGAGUUAUGAGGGUCAGAUUUAUUUUUCAUUUAAUUUUUAUAUCUGAAAAGUGGCUUGUCAGGGAUAUGAAAAGAAUUUUUGAUAAUGAAAAUGGUAUAAGGAUUUAUAAUCUAUUUCAAGUUAUUCAUAUCUUGGGAAUGUCUGAAAUGGCAUGUUAUUAUUAUAUAUAAUGAGUAGUAGAGAUUUAAACUUUCCUAAUAGACUGCACUUGGCAGAUAAACCAUAAACAUUCUUCUCUGAAGAUAAUCAAUGCAUUUUUAAACCUACGCCUUCCAUAGAAUGACCAGGUAAUUUAAUAGAUGCCUUUUUUGUCCUCAAGAUCAGUGUUUAUGUUGUUACAAAUAGGUGUCAUAUUUUAUUGAUAUUGUUGCUCCUAAGCUUUGAUAAUUAAGAUGAAUAUUUAAAAAGCUUAAUGUAAAGGUUAUUGUGCUAGCGCUAACAUUUAAAGCAAUACUAUGCUCGUUCAGUACUAUUAAUCAGAUGAGUAUAUUUGUAAAUAUGUUUCCCUAGGUAGGUCUAUUGGUUGUAGAUCGUAUUUACAUGAGCUAUGACUUGAGUUGUAUUAUCCACAGUUUCCUCUAGUGAAGAUGCUCUUUCCAUCAAACUACCAUAAACCUUUGCCUAAGUAACUUGAAAGUGUUGCUUGUCAUUGCACAAUCAUACAUGCCUUCAGUGCUUUUCAUUGCACAAAAAAUGCACCAGUAUGUAUAGCAUAAUAGUAUUGAAUUCUUUUGAGUUCUAGGAAUGUAAUAGGACUAGUCUCAUGUGGAUGAUACUGUUUUAAGAAUUUUCAGUACAGUAAACCCUUGAUAACUCUGAAUACAUGGGCCUCGAACCAUUCCGAGUCAUCACGGCACUUUCCUCCUGGUCUUUCGUCCCACCCCAAUACCCAACUUUUGGGCCAAAAUAACCUACCAUAAUCAGAAAACUUACACCAAAAUUAACGCUUAUCAGCACUGCAGGCAAAGAAUGAGGGUAAUUCAAGCUUGUGGUGCCACAUGGUAGAUGUCAAGAGGUGAUGGGGGUCACUGCAUUACAGUACAGUAUAUACAGUAAAAUUAUAUAUUAUAAGCCUAGGAGGUGUUCACUGAACCAGCGCGAGAGAGAGAGGGACGCCAAGAGUUAACUUAGAGCUGUUAUUUUUCAACUCAUAAUUUCAGAUAGACAUAUUCUUUCUUUUUUUUUCUUCUUUACGUAGUUACAUGCACACACAAUCUUUCAUACAGAAUGUGGAAAAAAAAUUAUAAGGUCAAAAAAAAUAAAGGGAAUAAACAGAGCGGGGGAGGGAGGAGUGGCGUGGGGUAUCUCUCGGCUGUUUAUGGUCUCGUGUGUAGUGAAAUGAUUGUCAAAUGGAAAUGCAACAUUUUUUCUUUUAUUUUAUGUACUGAACAAAGAAUAGCUCCUCUAGGUGACGUGACACAGACAGCCACCCAGCUGACUCACAUUAGGAAAGGGAGGGAGGAAGCGACGCAGUUACACUUACAGCUCAUUGUCACAACACAUAGACGUUCACUGUCUUUAUUUCCAAGACACAUUAAAGUAUUGUAAUGCUUUUAUUUUUAUUUUUCUCAAACAAGCACAGACAAGUUAUAAACACAGAGCGAGAGAGAAAUGCUGUGUGGGUUGGCUUGCACAGGAACACGACCCAAGAGUAAGGUCACACAUGUUACGCCAUACCAAGAUUGCAUCAUCAUACGAGGUGUGAUCCAAAAGUUCCUGGAUUGGCUUCAUAAAAUCUUUAUUUUUCAAGAUAUUACAGUGAAACUUUAGUCACCCUCAAAAUAUUCUUCAGAGGCUUCAAUGCAGUGCUGAAUCCCACCCUCCCACUUCUGGAAGCAGAUCUGGAAGUCCUUGUUCGUGAGGCUGGAGAACACCUGCAAUGUGUACUGUACUGGAUUUCCAUUCAGUCCAUAAUCAUCUUCCCCUUGAGGUUCAACUUGAACCUCGGAAACAGCCAGAAGUCACAGGGGACCAGAUCUGGAGAGUUUGGAGGGUGGGGGGGGGCCACUGGGAUGCCAUGUUUCGCCAAAAAAUCAUUCACAGUGAGGGCAGUGUGUGCAGGUGCCAGUCGUCAGUCAAAAUCUGGUUAACAUUUCCAUAUGAAAGGUCCAACCGCUCGGCAAUCUCACGGGUGGUCCCCUUACGCUCUUCAUGGAGAAGCUGGUCAAUUUUCUGGACAUUUUCAUCAUUUCUCUCGGUGGAAGAC